AUGACAGAGCUAGAAAAUCUGUAUGAUUAUGAUUACCAAGAAUAUGAAGAUCGUCAGGACGAUACCCCGGACGAACCGGGUACUUCCGGUGAAGCGGCUUCGAGGAAGCGCGCAUUAGACGAGAUUCUGAAUGAUACGGACAACAAUUGGUUCCGAGAGGGAAUCGAGGAAGAACGAUAUAAUGAGCUUCUAAAAACGACAAAUCGUCCUGAAAACUGUUCAGCAUUAGUGACUGUGAAAACUAACCAAAUGAGGCUUGCAGAGUCGCCUCCAGAAGUAGUUGAAAAGCCUCAUUGGACGUGUGGUGAGGAAGAUUUGUCAGGACCAAGCAGAGUGUGUACUGGUGGCUCCAGUGUGGCCAACACAGCCAUGGUUCAAUCGUGUGUUAGAAAAACUGGUGGAUCAUCCGGUGAUUUUACCUGUGAUGGACAAUCUGUUGACACUUCCAGGCACAGAUGUGCAGCAUCCUCUGAAAGACUCGUUGGUGCUGAUGGCAUGUCGAUUGUCCGGUUGCAGUACCAAAAACGAGGAAUUUCUCAUCAAGCAGCCUCGAUCCUUUUGGCAUCAUGGAAGUCGGGAACCAAGAAACAAUAUAAAACAUUUUAUACGAGAUGGUUUCAGUACUGUAGUGAAAAAUCGAUUGAUCCAUUUUGUACAACUAUAGAAACUGUUAUUGAAUUUUUAGCACAUCUUUUUCGCCUAGGUUUAGGGUAUAGUGCUAUUAAUACUGCCCGAGGGGCUUUAUCUUCUGUUGGACUGAUUUUUGAUGGGUUUACUGUUGGAUGUCAUCCACUUGUUAUCCGAUUUAUGAAGGGUGUUUUUAAUUUGAGACCAUCAAAAUCUCGAUAUGUACAUACUUGGGAUGCAUCUAUUGUUAUCAAGUAUUUGAGAAAAUUGUCACCUGUAAAAUACUUAAGUUUGAAAGAUUUGACACUGAAGUUAGUUAUGUUAAUUAGUUUAAUUUGUGCAAGUCGAGUACAAACUAUUUCAUGCAUGAAACUUAGUAACAUGACGAGAAGAAGAAAUAGCUUUGUUUUUACUUUUAGUGAUUUAUUGAAAACAUGUAGACCUAACAGUAGUAUGUCUGACAUGGUUUUGAAAUCAUAUCCUCCAGAUAGAAGGCUUUGUGUAUAUAUUGUUUUAUGUGAAUACUUAUCAAGGACUGCAAGAAUUAGAAAUAAGUGUGAUUCACUUUUUAUCAGUUAUGUACAACCACACAAGGAAGUAUCAAGAGAUACUGUUGCCCGUUGGAUAAGAACAGUGAUGUGUUCUGCAGGGGUUGAUACUACUAUUUUUAAGGCUCAUAGUGUUAGAUCUGCAUCAGCAUCUAAAGCAAAAGAGAACUUUGUUCCUGUUGAUGAUAUUUUGUCCAAAGUAGGUUGGUCUAAUGUCGAAACCUUCAGAAAGUUUUAUGACAAACCUGUGCUGAAUGAUGAUAAGUAUGCAAAUGCUGUUUUGAAAUUAAAAUAAAGAAUUUGAUUUCAGUUUGAAAAAUUUUUUGUGUUGUGCUUUAAAGAUUCACAUUAUCUCGGAAGUGACGUUUACGAAAAAUAAUUAGGAAAUUAAACGAGACUUACCUUGGUAAAGGCGAAGUUUGAUUCCAAUUAUUGGAGUAAAUAAAAGGCACUGUAGAGAUAAGGUGCCUCCCUCCCACCCUGCAGGUGGUGAAUGUAUUGUUUGAAAUUAUUAGUGAAAUGAAUUUGGGUUUGAUGUUUUGUUGCAAAUCUAUCAACCCAAAAAAUUUUAGCUUUGAAGCAAUGACUUGGCGGCUGCGCAGUACUAUUCACCUUAUCUCUACAGUGCCUUUUAUUUACUCCAAUAAUUGGAAUCAAACUUCGCCUUUACCAAGGUAAGUCUCGUUUAAUUUC